AAGAUUUGAAGAUGGCGACCAGCUCGGAGCGUAGUCCUCCUCCGUUUCCCGACUCCGAGGACCAAGAUGUGCUGGAAACCGAAGAAGUUGGAGGCCGAGACAGUGAUGAAGACGACGGGGACGAUCUCUUCAUGAGCACAAGCAACCCUCCACUGGCUGGUAUGGACAGCAUACUGUCUCCUACCAUUGAACCCAGUAAUGUUUUAACGAAACCUCCCGUUGACCUCAUGGAUGGCCCCUUAUUCGAGCCCGUCAGCAUCCAAACAGCAAACACACCAUUCAGCAAAGUCAUGAGCGAACCCUCGGAUGAUUUUGUCGACCUAACUAACAACAUCACCGACUCUCCGGAUGAAGAAGACACAGCUGAGAGUCCCGUUGCAGAUGCAGAAGAGGACAAAACUGAAAUCCCUUUAGACGAGCCCGCGGAGGAAUUUGAAGACAUAUUUGGAAGUGAAACCGAAGCCCCGCAAGAGGAAGUUGUAGAAGCAGAUGUUACUGUUGAAGAAACGCCAACGGAUAAGCUUGAAGAGGCCAGUAGUGUUACAGUUCCAUAUGUUGACGGGAAAACAGGAAGUGAUGAGGAAGGGGAAGCAAUAGAAACUUCCACUGUACCAAUUAUCAACCUCGGUGCUGAUUUGCCAGCCGUUGAAACAGAACAACCGCCACCUGCCAGCCAAGCAUUCGUUGACCCUUUGGAAGACCUUCUCAGUGAUGUUUCGCCCGCCGCAGAAACACAACAGCCACCGCCUGCCAGCGUCACAUUUGCUGACCCUUUGGUUGAUGUCAUCAUUGAUGAUUCCCCAACCACUGAAACACAACAGCCACCGCCUGCCAGCCAAACGUUCAGUGACCCCUUGGUUGACCUCCUUAGUGCUGCUGCGUCUGCUGCCGAAGCCAAAAUAGCCACACCGGCAACAGUCGAUCUUUUCGACGAGGAGGGGAGCGACUUUUUCACAGAAGCACGGCAGACCAAACCUGCCAAGCAGCAGAAGAGCCUCUUCGGAGAAGCGGACGAGGAUCUGUUCGGUGAGCCGCUGGGUGCCACCUCAAAGAAAGCUGUGAGCACGGAGCCGAAGGACAAACCCGUCAAAACCAAAGCUGCUUCCACUGAUGUUAGCAACAUGGGGGGGCCUCUGCAGGACAGCACUCCUGCAGAACCUGCUGAUCUCUUCAGUGAGGAAGCCGUCGCCACCGUGCCCAUCGCCAAAAACACCAGCGCCGCCAGCUCCAAGACCAAUGGAGUCCACUCUGAAGAGGAGAUGGAUAUAUUUGCAGAAGCCACAGUGGAGCUUUCCCUCGACAGUCCGCGGGAAGAGAGAAAGAAAGAUGUGACAGUCGCACCGUCUACGUCCGCCGCCCCCCCCCUGUCAGCUGCUGGCAGCCUGGUGAAGCCACAAGCUGCUGCCCUGGAGGAGUUGGAAGAAGAGGAAGAAGAAGAAGAACAGGAAGACAAAUUUGAGAUCCUGGUGUCUGUUAAAGAUCCUGAAAAAGUUGGGGAUGGAAUGAACGCCUACAUGGGCUACAAAGUAACCACACAGACCCAAAUGCCGAUGUUCCGCAACAAGGCGUUCGCCGUGAGGCGACGCUUCAGCGACUUCCUCGGCCUCUACGAGAAGCUUUCUGAAAAACAUGGACCAAAUGGAUUCAUCGUGCCUCCGCCUCCAGAGAAGAGCAUCCUGGGAAUGACAAAGGUGAAGGUGGGAAAGGAUGAUUCUUCCGCAGCAGACUUUGUGGAGAGAAGAAGAGCUGCUCUGGAGAGGUAUCUCCAGAGGGUGGUAAAUCACCCGUCACUCCUCCAGGAUCCUGAUGUCAGAGAGUUUCUGGAGAGAGAUGAGUUGCCCAGAGCAACGAGCACCCAGGCUCUGAGUGGCGCCGGCUUCCUGAAAAUGAUCAACAAAGCAACAGAUGCUGUCAGUAAAAUGACCAUCAAGAUGAAUGAGUCAGACGUGUGGUUUGAGGAGAAGCUGCAGGAGGUGGAGUCUUCAGAUCAGCACUUCAGGAAGCUCCACGUGCUGGUGGAGUCUCUGGUGGUCCACAGGAAAGGUCAGCCAAUCAAACACUGA